AUGUCUCGCCUUGGUUACGCCACUCAUUCCAACUCCGUCACUCGCUUCAAGGAAGAGCGCGCUGCAUUCAUCUCCAACUUGGAGGCGAACGCUAAUACUCUUAGGGAUCACCCUCAUGCCGCUGGGGAGGUUGCUGAUAGCUUGUACGGGCUCGUUGACCAGGUUCGUCGUAUCAAGGUUGCGGCUGUGGCUAUGGAUGCUAUACGGUCUGAUCCGUAUGUAAGGGCGAAGCCGUAUGCAUUCUAUAGCCACGAGGUGCCUUUGAUGUGUAAGGAUGUUGUGGCUAGUUUGCUCCAUUGGGCUGAUAUUCUCGUUAACACUGAUGGGCGGCGAACGGAUGACAUUGUUGUUCAAAGUAUUAGGCAGAUGUUGGUUUCCUUGCGUUUUUGA